CCCACUCCUCGGUUGUCUAGAUUGAAGUGAGGGCAGCCAGUGAGGAAAACCUCCCUCUGAUUAUUGGGUCCCCGGGGAAGAGAAGCAAGAUGCUCAGGCUCCUGGGGUCAGGCAGGAGUCAUCCGAAAUCCUCGGGCCUCCCCGUCCUGGUCAAGCAGAUGUGGGGGACCCUCCGCAAUCACUCACUGACGCCGGAGAGAUGGUGCUCCCAGGGUGCCUGUGCACAGACAAAGAGGAAUGAUGCUUUGCAUGCCCUCUGGAAGGGCCCGGCCUCGGUGCCACGGGGGGCCCGGCAGUCCCCCAUUAACAUCCGCUGGAAGGACAGCGUCUACGACCCCCGGCUGAAGCCCCUCAGGGUCUCCUACGACUCGGCGGCCUGCCUCUACGUCUGGAACACCGGCUACCUCUUCCAGGUGGAAUUCGACGACUCCACCGAGGGCUCAGGAAUUAGCGGUGGCCCCUUGGAAAACCACUACAGACUAAAGCAGUUCCACUUCCACUGGGGAGCAGUGAACGAGUGGGGCUCAGAGCACACGGUGGACGAUCACGUGUACCCAGCAGAGCUGCAUCUAGUUCACUGGAACGCCGUGAAAUACCAAAACUACACAGAAGCCGUGAUGGGAGAGGACGGCUUGGCGGUGGUAGGCGUGUUUUUAAAGCUGGGGGCCCGCCAUGAGGCACUGCAGAAGCUGGUGGCAGUCUUGCCGGACAUAAAGCACAAGGACGCGCGGGCGGCCCUGGGCCCCUUCCAGCCCUCCUGCCUGCUGCCCGCCUGCCGGGACUACUGGACGUAUCCAGGCUCCCUGACCACGCCUCCGCUCGCUGAGUCGGUCACCUGGAUCAUCCACAAGAAGCCCACUGAGGUGGCUCAGGACCAGCUGGCCGCGUUUCGCUCACUCAUGUUUACUGCACUUGGUGAAGAAGAGAAGACGAUGGUGAACAACUACCGCCCACUUCAGCCCCUGAUGAAGCGGGAGGUCCGUUCAUCCUUCCAGCCACUGAAGACGGUGCAGGAUCCUAAAUUCACUACAUCCAAGCUAACGGGUGGACCUGACUUUAACAGGAGAAAGUAUUGUUUCCCAGGCUUCGUGUUCUGAUCAUAUGUAACCUCUGAAAUUAAAAAUGGAGAAAGAGGUCGCAGUUUUAGUCAGUGUACUUUGCAGUUGCAAGGAAAAGAAUCACUUCAAAGAAGCUUAAGCAGGAAUCCCUCUGUGGUCCAGUGGCAUUAAACACAUUCCCCUCCGGUACAGAUGCAGCUCUGCAAACAAUCACGUCAUCUUCCAACAUUACCUGACUGUCAGAAAAACACGGAAAAAACAGCCCAGAAAAGAAAGCAAAUACUCAUGUGCCUACCAAGAUUCACCUUUCCUAGACGUUUCGUAUAAAUGGAACCAUACGCUACCAUGCAUCCAGCCCUUUCACGGAGCAUAGGGUUUUCACUGUUCAUCCAUGUCGUGGUGUGUGUCGGCACCCCCUCUUUAUGGCUGAAUGACAGUCCCUUGCGUGCAUGGGCCACAUGUGUUUAUCCGCUGACAGGCAGGCCUGAACUCUCAAGUCCCGUUUGCUACUACAGUAUCGCUCCUCCGGAAUCGUCAAGGAGAAGGGCCCGCUUUCUGAGCACAUGGAGAAAGCCGAGCCCACGGAAGGCGAAAGCCUCACAGCGACCUGUCACAAGCCUGGAGCCCGAAACCCAGGCAGACUCUCAUUUUUCUUGUUUUAACUUAAUGGAGCCGUCCGUGGACAAUCUAGCCCUAAGAUCUCUAGUUUUGCUUCUACCAUGUCUCAGAAAUCCCCAGGCGUUGGUUCUACCCAGACUUACAGAGUCAAUCACCAUGUCCACCAUAGGAACUUCAGAAAAUCGGGCGACCUCGCUGAGCAUCUGAAGGGAGCCGAAAAGCCUGUGCAGGGAAGUCACGUGUCCUGCCCUCCACAAGGAUGGGGGGUUUCCAGUGAGGGAAGUGAAACUGCCCGGAGCCACAAAGAGAGCUAAAAUAAAGCCACUUUGGCCAGAAGAGUGCACAUGCUCACCAGUCUGGUCCUGGAGGGCAGGUGACCCGGUUGGCUGACAGCGAGGCCAUAGCAUCGCAGCUGCGAUUAAAGGCCCACCGUGGGUCUGAGCCCGGGCUGACCACUCACUGAACUCACUACCUGUCUUGUUCCUCCAGCCCCAAUCGGGGUCUAGCCAUGGCUGAUGCAGUAACUAAAUGACGUAAAACAUCUUCGAGUCCUGGCCCGGGCUCAACAGUCACUGUGAUGGCGACGCACACCCACCUGCUCGGAAAACAGAACUUAACUUCGGAGAUUGCUAAGGGCAGUCCCACCUUUUCAAGCAUGCAGACAGGAAGAAAAAUAACAGCUGAGCACCAUGAAAGCACGGCUUUUAAAAACAAAUUUCAAGAAGAAGAAAAGACACUUGCUACGUGAAAAGACCACAAACAUUUGUUCCAUACGACUGAACAAACACAGCGGCGCAGCCACCUGAAGCGGGGGAAGCUUCCACACCAAUGAAGGUUUUAUCGGGUACAUUUUUUUUCCAGGAAAAAGAAUGAGUUCAAAAGGAGAGCCAGGGGCUUCCCUGGUGGUGCAAUGGUUGA